AUGCAGGCAACCAGCUCGAAGGGCGAAGAGUCUUGCCGAAAAGACAGGAGGUCCUCAUCGCCGCUUCGCGAAUCAAGUCCGUCACAUAGCAGCAGACGAGACAGGGACCGUCAUAGCUAUGAGCGUCGAGAGAGAAAGUCACAUUCACACAGGCAAGACCGCGAUAGAGUUGCACGUGAGAACAGGCAUGGUCACAAGUCAAGCAGGCAUAGAGAAGCUGAAGGGGACAGUCCACAGUUGGGGUCCAGCUCACAUCGACACCGCACAGACCAAGGCAGAGACAGCAAGAGGCGUCGACCACAACCUGACGACAGCGAACGGCGUUCUUCAUACAAAGCAGGGAGCUCCAUGGACCCACAAAACACCCACCAAGCGCGCAGCCACCGCACUUCACCCUGUCAUCAGACUAGGGAUUCAAGAGACUCCGUUCGCGAUCGCGACGAGCGUAAACACCGACAUUCUUCAUCACGAAUGCGAUCACCGUUGCCACAAGCGACUAGCUCAAGCGAUCGCAUACCGCCACGCCCAUCUUCGCCACCUGUCCCUGCGACCACAGAGCCAUUUGCAGAAGAAGAUGCAGAGAACGACGCUCCUAACUUUGCUCCCUCGGGACUGCUUGCGGCUGAAUCCAACACGCACAAUGGAAUCGUGCUCAAGUACCAUGAACCGCCAGAAGCACACAAGCCCAAAACUGCGUGGCGCCUGUAUUGCUUCAAAGACGGUAAGGAGCAACAUGUGCUCCAUCUUGGUGCUCAGUCUGCUUAUCUGCUUGGACGCGAUCGAACUGUUGUCGACAUACCACUUGACCACGAGUCGUGCUCCAAACAACACGCCGUUCUGCAGUUUCGUCAGACCAUCACAACCAACGAUUUUGGAGACAAGAAGAAGCGCAUCCAACCCUACUUGAUCGACCUGGAGUCGAUUAACGGUUCAUAUGUCAACGACAAAGAGAUUCCCACCUCCAGAUACUACCAGCUCAGGACAGGGGAUACGCUCACAUUUGGCGCAAGCACAAGAGAGUACGUCUUGCUCGACGAGUCUUCGGCGUGA